AUGAAGCUCGACUUUAUGCCUCCAUCUCUUAUUAACUUCAUCUCAAGACAGCUUAUCGGCAACGGACACAAGCUCUAUCAGAAGGUCAGAUUUCUCCUUCUUGCCCCAUGGUCACAAUGCCAUGGAUCAGACUGCUGUUUAUUCUUUUAUAUUACCCUGGUUUAGUUGAAAGAUCCACACAAGUUCCUCAUUUAGUGAAGUCUCUCAGAGAAUUUUCAUUGGUUUAUUGAAAUAAUUCGACUAUAUAUAUAUAUAUAUAUAUAUAUAUUCUGAUCCGGGUCACUUUUAAAGAUAAAAUUGUUCCAUUUUCUUAAUUUUAAAAACAGAGCAGCUGAUUUAAGCAAUCCAAAUGGUAGUCUUUUCAUAAAAAAUCUGAAAAGCAUAGAUUGAUUAUAAAUGGAAUAAUAUGAGGGGGGGACUUUUUUUUUACCAGACAUCGAUUUUAUUGUGAAAAGUGAUUCCAAACUUUCCACAUAUAGCAGGUUUUCGAUAAAGAACCCCCAAUUGUGAAAAUUCCCCAAUUUCGAUAAAGACUAUGGAUUGAAAUUGGGUAUUUUUUAAUCUUCAGUUGUACUUUUAUUUUUCAAAAGCACCACAAUUUAUGGUGGAAUUUGAUUCCAAAAUGUCUAUAAAAUGUAAUUUUUUUAAGAGUGAAGAUCAAUAAGCAUAAAUAGUAUGCACUGAAAUGAUUGGGAAAUGUGUAAAUUUUACUGGUAAGUUCUCUUUUAAGUUCUGAAACCUAAGCUUUCAUAAACGAAGCAAUUGCUCGACCCUUUCAUUACGUUUAAAGUUGCAUGCAUGAACACAAAUGUACCCGCGUUCAUACAUAUAUUCAUAUUGUUUGUUUACGUAUCUCCUCUGCGUCGAAACUGCUCUUGUUGGCUCCUUCAUUCAUCUACAUUAAUACCCCGAACGGAGAUUACACCAACUGGACAGCAACAGCACGAGCAACCCUUUCCAAACCUGCUCCUAAAAUCUACCCAUUUCUAUAUACACCCAGGUUUUUUUUUUUCCUGCAAUAAAGGCGGGGUCUUUGAUUCUGCAGGCGAUCGCUUCUGUCGUCGCUUCUAACGGGGACUACCGCGAUGCUCUGAAGCGUCAGCUGUACGCGAGGUUGCGUGGGCAAGGAGACCCCGUCUUCUCGAAGCCUUUGACAAUCUCAGAGGAGCCGGUCGACGAGAAGUCAACCUUCGCCGAAGAGGAAGCUGAGAAGACCCCGGCUGUCGCAGAGGCCGCCGGCGAGGUCGUGGAAGCAGCGCAGGAGCUGCGCCACGAGGUCGAGUCAACGGCGAGCGGGAAGAGCGCCCGUGCGGUCACCGGCCAGAGGUCUCGCAGUAGGAUAAGCCCGGAGGUGGAGAGCGCGCUGAGCAUGAUGAACGAGGUCAUCGGCGUCUUCCGCGGCCUCGGAUCUCAGCAGGGUGGCCGGAGCUUGCCUAUCUUCGCGGAACGUCAGACGUCGGCCAUGGAAGAGGGCUACGGAAAGCAAAGGUUCUCCGACGAGAAGCUCGCUAAGAGUCAGCUGUUCGCGGAAUUGAGGUGACCCACGUAAACUACCCAUGUUUUUAUCGUUCUUCAUUACGAUAUAUCAGAAUAUCAGAAUAUAUGUUGAGAUAGUUUCUGGUUUGACUCGAUAUGUUGCCGGAGCUCGCAGUCAUGGCGAAGACGACGACGGAGGAGGGAGGAAGCCAAGGAGCUCUGCGCCGUCCCCGUCGCCGGGCGAGAGUCUCGGUGCGGGAGGACUGGAGAACCCGACCAUGGCCAUGGUGGGUGAGACGGCCGGUGGAGGGAGCCGGGUCAACGACGCAGCCGCUGAUCGAGGGAAAGUCGGGGAGGAGGCGGCCCGGUCGAGGAAGGGGAAGUGGUGGCGGUUCUCCUGCCUGAGCUGCUUCAACUGA